AUGUCUCAAGCAGAAACUCCCAAGGCGCAACCAGACGCUGAUGCCGUCGCGCGUCUGUCCCAAGCGCUGAACCUUGAGAACUGCGAAGACAGAUUCAUGUCAAGCGACCUGAGUCUACUUGAAACUGGAAACUUUAGCGACGUGGAAUUGGUCUGUGGUGAUCGUUCGUGGAGCUUGCACAGGAGCGUCAUCUGCAAGAGAUGCAAAUGGUUUGAGAAAGCUCUCACCGGCGAUUUUGAGGAGGCGGCGUCAAGGAAGAUCACAAUCACAGAAUUCUCGCCAGAGCUGACCAAUGUGGUUGUCCGCUACCUGUACUCAGGAGCUAUGGACACGACCAGCGUCAACGAAUGCGAGGGCGACUCCAUCAUCAGCAAGUAUGUUCGUCUUUGGUCUGCUGCCGACUUCUUCGGCCUCGAACCACUCCAGAAAGACAUCAUCGCCACCUUUGAAGAUUAUUUGGAACCCAACAUCAAGAUCAUGAAUCAAACAAAGCCAGCCGGAGAUAUCAAGGCGAUCGUUGAAGAAUUUUUCAGUGCCGUGGCCAUCGCAUACGAUGUCAAGAACCUUUAUUGA